CAAUGCCACCUCCCCUCCGACUAAAUAAUCCUAUUCCUACCUAUAUAUACCCAAUCCAUUUCCACAUUAUUCUCCAAUCCGUGUACUUCCUGUGUCCCUGCUUUAUUACAAUAGUUUUAGAUCUAUCCUUUCAUAGAGAGAGAGAGAGAGAGAGAGAGAGAGAGAGAAGAUGUUGGCAAUAUUCAAGAAGGGAUUGGCGGAUCCACCACAGGAGCUGAACAGCCCAGCCUCAUUGAAAGCUUCCAAUAAGCCCAAGCUUCCUGAAGAGACACUGAGGGAUUUCUUGUCCAAUUUCCAUCCCAGUGGAAAUUCUUUCUCUAUUGGAUUUGCAAACAACGCCUUGCUCGCUUUUGCCCCUUCUGAUCGACAGUAUUCCAUCCAUCAGAGGUUGUUUUGUGGUUUGGAUGGCAUAUACUGCAUCUUUUUGGGGAGCUUGAGAAACCUUUGUGCUCUCAACAAGCAGUAUGGCCUAUCAAAGGGUGCCAAUGAGGCAAUGUAUGUGAUCGAGGCCUACCGGACCCUCCGUGACCGGGGCCCAUACCCUGCCCAUGAGGUCCUCAAGGAUUUGGAUGGAAGCUUUGGGUUUGUGGUGUAUGAUACCAAGGCCGGAACUGUUUUUGUGGCACUGGGUGCUGAUGAAGGUGUGAAGCUUUUCUGGGGCAUAGGAGCUGAUGGGUCAGUCGUGAUUUCUGACAAUUUGGAGGUCGUAAAGGCAAGCUGUGCCAAAUCAUUUGCCCCUUUUCCAACUGGGUGCAUGUACCAUAAUGAGAGGGGACUGAUGAGCUUUGAGCACCCAAUGAACAAGAUGAAAGCAAUGCCUAGGAUUGACAGUGAAGGAACCAUGUGUGGAGCCACCUUCAAGGUUGAUUCCUACUCAAGGAUUAGCAGCAUGCCUAGAGUUGGAAGUGAAGCCAACUGGGCUACUUGGGGACCCCUGGCUAACUAGCUAGCAUCACCCAAUUAACAGUUUUUUAUUGUGGGUUUUGUGUUUCAGACCUCAGUAUUGUGUGUAUAAAGUGUUAAUUUUCCU